AUGAGCCAUCACUCGUCAGCUUCAACCUCAGCUUUGGGAUUCGGUUCUGUCUCGUCUUCUUCGUCUUCGGCUCCUGGACCUUCACGCCAGCGGCUGACAGGCUCAUGGCAGCCUUUACCUUAUAUCCAUUCGGGAUUCUGCAUCUACCCUUAUCAGCCUGAUGGCUCCCCUCCUCCCACUCCAGCGACAGCUCAGACAGACGAUCAGAAGAGUGCGAAAAACCGAAAUAGAUUCUCGUGGAGUGGGAUCAGACAUAGUGGGGAUGAGGAAGGGGAAGGAAGGCUGAAUGCGUAUGAAGUACCACUGGAUAUAGGAGAUGAGUUCUUCGCUUUUGAGGAAUACAAAUGUAGCUUGGAGGAGGAUGGGAGAGGAGAUCUAUGGUAUAGAGGAUACGUCGUGCAAGCUGUCUCAUUACCAUCACUUGCACCAUCUUCAUCCGCAGCCCAUUCAGCUACGUUCCCCCGACCCGAACCAUCUGUAUUGAUCGGUAUAUUCCCGGCAGCAGCUGUACAUGUACGACCCAGUGCUUCCAACGAUAACGGCGAACUCACUGAGGCAUACGAAAGAGCAGUCAGAGCUGCAGAGGAGACAGCUCGUAACGCGAAUCCGAGCUGGGUUGGGGAGAUGGAUACGGUCAAAGAGGAAGAAGAAGGUGAAGGGAUUGAUGUGUCAAGUCCUCAGAGGGAGAAAGAUGUAGAAGGAGAUGUUGUGGGUGUUGAAGCUCAAAAUGGAGGAUUAUCGUCGAAUAAGUUGGAACGAAGAUCAUCAUUGGGGAAGAGAGAUGGAUUGAGGUCAAAUAGACCAAAAUCCCUUAUACUGGAAUCGAAAUUAGCUCAGAUGGAAGAAGAAAACAAAGAACAACCACCUUUACCGAAACUGACUGCUGGAGAUUCUACGAUAGCGGGACAACAAUGGCCUUUAGUAGAUGAAAUAGCCUGUGCGAUAAGGGAGUGGUACGGACGUCUACCUACUUAUCUAGCUAAUCGAGAAUACCGACUAUUUAGUACGGUCAUGCAACAUAUAGAUGCCCUCUUUCUAGGUCGAAGGCAACUCUUAUCGCAAACUCUCAGCGGAGAUGAGCUUGUUCGCAUACGGCGAGAAUGCGUUUCUAGACUGGUCAAAUGCAAUGUUGCGCAAGGGUUAGAGGUGAUAGUCAGGAGUCUGGAAGAUGGGAGUGUCCUGGUGGUAGAUAAGGAGAGAGCUUAUACCGGUGCAAGCUGGGUCGGAGGAAUAGCUUGCUAUGUAUAUCAAGUCCAGCUGGCUUAUAUCGAUCUGAUACCCCUCGAUAAUCUAUUUGGCAAAUUUCCCAGUCUGAUUGAUCCUCGUCCAACUCUCCCUUCUGCCCAACCUUUCUCCCUUAUCGAUGCAACCGCCACCGGUCUUACUCAGCCAUCUACAACCGGAUCCUACUAUCAUUGCUUCCUUGACGUCAGGGCGUUCAUUGCCAAUCCAUGUGCUCCCGGAGAAACCGCUGAGCUAUACUUCUCGCUAUACAAUAAAGCAGAAAGUCGAUUUGUCACCGAAGAGUUCUGUCUGAUACUCAACCAUCUUGGUAGUCCCGCUCGAGACGGUGAACAACGAUUGGGAAAAUUACGAACCCUGUUUGUGGACUUGAAACUCGAUGAUUUGGCUCAUGACAUCUAUCUAGUGUGUCGAAUAGUGAGAAACGGAGCGAUGAAGAUGAGGCAGGAAAGUGGAUCGAUGGCUAUCAGACCUGCUACAGGUCGAAGAACGAGUCUUUAUGGUAUCUCAGAAGGAAGUGCAGCUCACGGUAAUCCCUCAAUGCUGGAUACAUUGACGGACGACUCUUUCUCGGUCACAUCUGGAUAUGGUGGUCAAAGAACACCCACCAUCGAUACUUCAUAUACCGCUAAUGGUCAUUCGAGCUCGAUGGAAGGGAAACCUACUUUUCGUCGUCCGAUGGGAUGUGCUGUACUCCAUUUACCACCUUCGACUAGGCUCCUCGCUGAUGGAACGGAUAAAAUGGGCACGGGAGUUGAAUUUCACGUACCAAUAUAUCUCCCUAAAGAUGAAGCUACUUUUGCUACUCUGCAUGAAAACAUUAUUCACAACCGAGUGAAGGAAUACGUCACUUCAUCAAGAGCCGAAGCUAUUGCCCUCAGCCUGAAAGUCUUCCAAGGCGCUGCCCCUCAAGUCAUACGUGAACAUCCCUCCCUUCUCCUCGAUAUCCCUCUUUCAGCACGUCUGGGCUUCCCCGAUGUAGUAUACCCCGGUACCAUCCGAAACGACCUCUACGUCAAGCUCUGGUCUGCGGUAUUCACUCCUGCACCUACUAAUCCAGGAGGAUCGAUACGAGUACGGAAGUCUGUCAUACCUACCUAUCAAGGUGAUGUGCAAGUCACUAUCGAAGUACGACGCGGAGACGGCUCGAUUGUACAGGAUGUGAUGGUAGCUGGUGGAUGUGGGGAACCCCCUGUAGCUCAGUAUCACUCAUUAGUGUUCCACCGAAACGAUCGACCGACUUUUGGAGAAUUGGUAAAAAUAUCUUUACCGGCAUCAGCUCAAGCUGAAGGAUACCAUCUAUUCCUUACAUUCCGGUCAAGAGGGAAAGAACGACAUUUGAAUCCCGAUCCCUCAGAACUAGAACAGCCUUUCGCUUUCGCUUAUCUACCGCUGGCUGAUGGUACAGCAUGUAUAAAGGACGGCGAUCAUGACCUGAUGCUGUACAAGAAUGAAAGGAAUGUUCCACCCACCCCAAAUGCUUAUCUCGAAGCACCUGCUUUGGCUCAGCCGGGUUCUGGACUUUCACCGACGCUUAUGAAAUCUCUCAUCCCCCUUCGAGAUCGAGUCACCCUUCGAACAUACCUUUGCUCCAGUCUACAAACUCAAGACAACACUUUACGAACUCUGUUCGUAUGGCACACUUCUGGUGGAGGCAACAUUGACGUCCUAUGCUCGACCCUCCAAUUAUUCAGUUUCGUCUCCGAAGAUGAGAUCGCCAAAUUCGUGCCUUCAGUCUUUGAUGCUCUAUUCUCGAUCUUGUGCACGGAUCACGGAGCUCGUCAAGACGAAGUUGAGCUAUUGAUCCUCAAAUCGCUAAUCAAAGUGCUCGCUAUGACUUCCGAUAGAAGAUUCCCGAACUUCGAGAACGUUUUCAACCUAUACAUCGACGCCCAAUAUCACUAUCCUUCAUCGGCAUUCAACUUGUUGAGAUGUAUGAAAAAAGUGAUGUCUACCCCUUUAACGACGGAGUAUCGAGCUUUCCUUAAAGUUUGGCAUUUAUUCUUUAAGUUCAUCAUACGAUCGCGCGAACAUGAUAGAGCUAGAGGUAUAGGUCUAGACGCUACUUCCACUCAUAUCGAAUCCGAAUUCCGCUCCCAGACCAAGUCCAUCCUAGAAGAGAUCAAUUCGUUGAUGCGAUCGAACGAAAAGCAAUUGAUAGGCACGCAGACAUUAGCAGUACAGCAUUAUGCCGAUAUCCUACCUGACUUAUCAAGGAUAUUCCAACCGCUAGAAAUCGCAGAAAUGGUGAUUGAAUUCGCCGAUACCCUCACUUUCGCUACUGGAAGUAUAGCAAUAUACAAAUUGCUUCUACUGCUACAAGUGGUCAAGAAUGUGUUCGAAAAUUCAGAAAGUAGAUCGAUACUCGUACCUGCGAUCGUAAGAUGGGUCAAACCCCACCUUGGUUCGUUCGAUGAAUUGAGGACUAUAGGGAAAGAUGAUAGUCAGAUUACGAGGGAUGGAAAGAGGGUGAGAUGGUUGGAAUGUAAUCGUUUGGCUGUCACGGUCAUCGCUUGGACAGUGAACAAGUUGCAGGAAUGGCUCGACUCACCCCUGAUCAAGGAUGAUACCACGCUGAGGAUACAAGAAGAGGAUAACAUAGAGUACUGUUUGACCCUUUUGCCGACUCUAUACGAGUCAUACUUUGAGCUUUUGAGCGCAAAAACAAAAGUCACCUUGAAUCGUCAAAGAUCCUCGCCAACAUCGACUAUAUGGAAGUCCACUCCCGACGUAUUCCCUUCUACUCAUCCAUUCGCUCUUAUAUCCGAGUUACCUCCUCCAUCAUUAUUGGAAAGACAGCAAAAUGCUGGGCAAGAUGCUCUACCAUCUUACGAAACCUUCAAUUGCGGAUUGGCUGAGACUGCCGUCGUAAUCCUUACUUUGAUCCUAUCAUCACCUAGGCCCAAUAUAACCAGAUGGCUGAACGAAGUAUUAGACAUCGAAGGGGUAUCUUCGUUGAGCGACACUCUAAAAUCGACUUUCGCAUUCUGUUCAUCUGUCAUUGGGUCUUCGGCCUUUCCCAAGCAAUGGUUGACGUUAUCUCUAAUGUCAUUAUCAUCAAUCUCGAAAUUCUUAACUACCCUCACACCGUUGUUAGAAUCAGAACAUUUCAUCCCAUCUAUCGAAAAUGCCGAUUCGUUCGAUAUCACCCUGUGGACCAAAUUAUUCGAAUUGCUCUGCGAGUUUUGCGGGAGUGAGGAAUUGGCAUUGGAAGAUAUGACUCAACAGCGUCGAAGAGCCGAGUGGAUCAUUGCUGGGGAUCUGAGAGAUGAAGGUGCGGCUCUAUUGGGCAGAUUGUGGAAUGCUAUCGGGUGGCCCGUUGACGGGCCGCAAGGGAAAGUCGAUGGAAUGGAACUGAGAUAUGGAGGAUAUCAAACUCGAUUCACGGGCUUGGCCGAACGAAUAUUGGGAUUAUGCCUUUCGAGUCAUGAUGUGAUGUGUGAAACUGCUGUGGAGAUCCUGUUCUCGAUGAUAUAUGCGGAAUAUGUCAUUGAAGGGCAAUUCGAUACGAUCGAAACUGAGAUCUUUGCCAAACUUGAUAAACUUUUCGCAUCGAAAUCGACGUCUUCGGCUAGUGAUCCAACAAUGCGAGCGUAUUUCGUUGCUCAACUUCGAGCAGUAUUCGAAUCGACCCCAUCUAUCGACGAUACGUUCACGGACAAAGUAUCAAUCUUCCUCGAUGAGAUCGAAUUGUUCAUCGAUCUAUUGUUAUCCCUCCGAGAUAUCCCCGAUUCAGUCGAAUGGUCCGACGAAAAGAUGUCAGCGAUCUAUCGGUUGAUAACUUUCGUGGAGAAGAUCGGUAGGAACGAUCUAUAUAUCAGAUUUAUCCAACAACUAGUAGAUAUAUCGGUUUCGAACAGGAAUUGGUUAUCUGCUGGGUUAUCAAUCCGAUUACAUGCUCAGAUAUACAAUUGGGAUUUGAACAGCGAUUUAUUGGAUGAAUUGACACCUGGGGAACAGGUGAAAAUGCGAUUACCACCACAGAAUCAAUUUCAUAGGAAAGAAGCACUUUAUUACCAUGCUAUUGGAUAUUUCGCCGAAGCUGAAGCUUACGAACAUGCCCUGGAAUUAUGUCAGGAGUUGACUGUACAACAUCAGAAGAUGACCUUUGAUGUGGCCAAGUUAACAGAGCUGCUGCAUCAUCAAGCUGCGCUGUGGGAGAAGAUAGGUGCUGGAGGUAGAGGUAAACCGGAGUAUUUCAGAGUUGCCUACUUUGGCGAAUUUGGACAAUUGAAUCAAGAUAAAGAUUUCGUGGUUAAAGGUGAACCGUGGCAGAGGUAUUCUGAAUUUUGCGAUUUCCUUCAGUUGAAACAUCCUCAAGCUACUUUACAUCGAUCGAAAAUCCCACCUCCCUCAUCUGCACGAGAAUCGUCCGAACCUCUCAUAUGGGUGACGCCGCUUACGCCCGAACCUGACUUGUCCAAACCUAUCUUCUCAGACGGGGUAGCGGAGAACGUACAGUCUCAUUGGAGAUAUUAUGAUAUUAGGGAGUUUUCAAGCUUAAGACCUUACAUGCGGGAUCAGGAUGAAUCGGAGGUGGUACUUACCUGGACCGAAAAGACGGUUGUUACUACUAAAGAGGAAUUACCAGGUAUUCUGAAUAGAAGUGAGAUUAUCAAUAUAAGAUACGAACAGAUCCCACCUGUCAAUAUGGCUAUCAUGGAAGUUGAGAAAGCUACUAAGAAUUUGGUAACUUUGAGUAAAGGGAAGGACGGUCAUUUACCCGAGUCGAAAUUACUUGGUACAGCUAUCAAUGGUGCCGUUGAUUCCCCCGUCAGCGGUGGUGUCAAGACUUAUAAAAAGGUCUUCCUUGAUGGAAUUUAUGUUCAGAAGCAUCCCGAAUCCACCUCCGAGAUCGAUCAACUUCGUUUAUCAAUCUUAGCAUACGUGAAAUCGAUUCAAGAUAGUUUGAAAGUGCAUAAAGUGGUCUGUAAAGACAUAGCCUUCCACGAGGCACUGAAAACUCAGUUCUAUAAAACAUUUUCCGAAGAGAUAUCACUUUUACCUCGACAAUCUGAAUCUUCUUCCACAGAAGAUGAUACACCAUCUUUCGAUCAUAGCAAGAACAAUUUCGAAUUUACUUCACCUCCUAAUCAUCCUUUACCACCUUUACCUCUACCCACUUACAACUCACCUGUCAUAUCCCACUACGAGAACACGUCCCGUGGUAGUGGAGAUGGAUCUUACAAAUUACCUAAAUUGAAAUUGGGUCCAACUGGGGUUGGAGGAGUACUGAGUAUACAUACCGCGAAUAGUAAUAGUAAUGCUACUUCGUCUCCUAGGGAAAGUAUCAAUACUAUACCUACCCACAUCCAUGCACACAGCCACAGUCGACAUGGUAGUCAAACACCCACUCUUACACCUGUUCUGCCGCAAGGAAGUUUAAGGAAGACGCCGUCAACUUCCGACAGGGAUAAGAGAUCGAGCUGGAAUAGUUCAUCCAAUUUGAGUAUAUCGGCGAUGGGGAUGGGAUUGGGACAGAGAGCAAUGUCAAUCGUGGGAUUGAGUCAGAAGGGCACACCACCUAGUGUUAGUGAGGGAGGGACGGUGGAUGAGGAAUAUGCGAAUACUUAUAACCAACAGCAGCAACAGGUUGGAGAGAGGAACAUGGAUGGUAAUGAGAAUGAGAAUGGAAAUGGAAGUGGAGGAAAAGAAAAAAGAAUGAGUAUGAGUAUGGGUGGAGGGUUGAAGAGGUUUGGUAGUUUGAUCAGACGUGAUAAGUGA